UUAUCUUGUUACACUUUUAGUUCAGAUUUUAUCCAAAGUUGUCGCUGAAGCCGUGUAUGUUUCAAACAAAAGAUGGUGAAUAGCCAUAAUAAAAAACAAUUAUUAAUUAUUAAAAAGUGACUAGCAAAGAAACGAUUAAAAUGUACAAUUCUUUCAAUAACAAUGUUGUAAUAUGUCCUUUCAACGAAAAUCACAGAAUAGCUAAAUCACGCAUUCAAAAACAUAUCGUCAAAUGCGAAAAGAACUAUCCAAGUGAUUAUAAAGUUAUGUGUCCUUUCAAUGCGUCCCAUCGUUUAUUUAAACGUGAAAUAAGUGAACAUAUUACUCAAUGCCCAGAGCGAAAACUAGUUAAACAUGAACUAUGUGACCAAAUCGAGAAAAAGGAAUUGCAACAUGAAACAACAGAUUUGAUUGACUCUAGCGAAAACUGGGAUAAAUUACUUAAAUCUGAUUCGGUAUCUAAUAUAAAGGAAAAUCCUCAUUUUAAUAUAAGAGAAGAUUACUCAAAAUAUUACAAUGACGAUGAAGAUUUAAGACCACCCCGUGGUUAUUCAGAAGUUCUAUUAGUUGAAAUUGACGAAGAUAUAAAGUUUGAAGAUAUAGAAUCAGUAACAAGUGAUAUGGGAAUAGGAAGAGGCAAAAUUAAUUCAGAUUUGUUACGAAGAAUUGGUAUGAGAAGAGAAGAUUUUUUGAGCUAAUUGAUGUUUUUCAUGUGGAGUUAUACCCUGCUCGCUUAUACCAACAGAAACAGGAUAAUCUGCAUAUAUAAAACAUUAAUAGAACAUAAAUAAAUAUAUUGAGGUUUAUUAUAUUAUUUCUUCGUUAUUUUAGUCAUAUGUUUAUAUUUUUAUAAAAAAAAAAGAAUAAAAACAGUUACAAAAUA